AACUCCGGUUUACUGUCGCAGUUAAUCACGUGGACAGAUGUCGACUUGUGUUGGAAGCUCCUCUAAUUUAUUUACCUAACUAAACUGUGCGCCGUAAGCUGGUGUUUUCUUAUUUUCGAGCGUGUUGCUGUUGUUGUGAAGCCGCGAGACGGAGCAUGCUGCCGUAAAGAAGAAACACGUCAAACUCAGCACACAGGUCGUCCGUCAUGUUCGUGUUGGUGGAGAUGGUGGACACGGUGCGCAUCCCUCCGUGGAACUUCCAGAGGCAGCUGAACGACGCCAUAUCCGAGGAGCUCAACAAGAAACUGGCCAACAAGGUGGUGUACAAUGUGGGCCUGUGCCUCUGCCUGUUUGACAUCACCAAGCUGGAGGACUCGUACAUCUUCCCAGGGGACGGCGCCUCACACACCAAAGUUCAUUUCAGGUAUGUUGUUUUCCACCCGUUCCUCGAUGAGAUCCUGGUGGGGAAGAUCAAGUACUGCAGCCAGGAGGGAGUGCAUGUGACGAUGGGCUUCUUCGACGACAUCCUCAUCCCACCAGAAUCGCUGCAGCAGCCUGCCAAAUUCGACGAGGCGGAGCAGGUUUGGGUUUGGGAAUACGAGACGGACGAGGGGGCCCACGACCUCUACAUGGACCAAGGAGAGGAGAUCCGUUUUCGGGUGACAGAUGAAAUCUUCCUGGACAUGUCGCCGACGGGCCCUACGGCUGCGACGCCGGACACCCCGGCACAGCCAGGACAGUCGACGGCUCCGCCCGCAGAGGACAGCGGGCAGAAGAAGGAGGCACCUUACACUCUCAUUGGGACCAUCUGUGAGCCGGGGCUGGGGCUCCUGUCAUGGUGGAACAGCUAGCGAAGACUCCCGAACCCUCACCGCAGCGAAACAGAAGAAAACAUCAUGACCAGCGAGGAAGGAGGGGAGAGUCAGCUGACGAGAUCUGACAGAAUCUCUGAGCUGACGGACAUUAACUCUCUCUCUCUUUUUUUUUUAAGCUCUUACCCCACAUAAAGAUCAUGUUGUCAUGGACACAGAGCCUGUUGCCACAGACAAAGCAAGAAUGUUCCAGAAGGAGGAUUCUGGAGAAGCUCUGUCAUUGUGCUGACAAGGAGCAGAAGUGAAUGAUCCAGCAGUCACACUGAGACUGCUUCAAGUGAUUGUACUGUAAACACUGUCUCUACCUCUGAUGCUGCGGAGUAUCAGCUUACCGUGUGUACACAUUAAGAGUCCUCACUUCCUGCCUUUAUACUGAAUGAGGAGGGUGCAUUUCACGUGAGAAUAGUCAAGUUAAUGAACAAAGUCAGUGAUGAUCUUCUUUAAUUUUAUUUUUAGAAAUCCAAAGUAAUGAUCAGAGUUAAUGUUGUCAUCAUGCCAUCAGUACUCCAUUGCGAGGUUUGGAUGCACAAAACAUGACUGCUUUUGGCUCAGUUAGUAGUUGCCGUGUCUACAGAUUUGAAAAUGGAACUCAGGUAUCCACUCAAAAAACAGUCGGUGUGUCGAAGAGACCUCAGCGUCACACAGUAAGGAAACUGGAAGCCAUCAAAAUGGAAUUUAAAAUUACUCAUAAGCACAAUUAAGGCCCUGAAAAUUAAAUAAGAAAUAGGAAAGUUGCCACCAACAUGCAGCUGUAAUAUUGUUGUAGCUUAUUAGCAAUGUGAAAUUCCAUUUGUGAUGCCUGCAGUGGCUUCCAGUUUCUGCUAAAUUGCAUUGGGGGGGGUGAGCGUCAUCACUUUUCUGGGAUGACAGCAUUGAUACGGGACUAAUUUGUGAAAAACGUGGAGCUUCACCCUGAGUUUAGUGAGUUUAAUUAACAAGGAUGGAUGACAUGGAUGACAUUCCCCUUAUUAAAAUAAGACAUUUGGGUCAUGUGGGUCCUCCGUCGCUGUGCCUGGCUUAAUGCACUUGUGUCAUUAAGGCCCAUCCAGUGGAAACAUCCAGUUGUGCAACAAUAAAAUAUCAGUUUUCCACGA